AUGAUCUUGAGACUUUUGGACGUGCAUGCUUGCUUGCAUUCGCCAUCGAAACCCUACCACGAAGUCAGCGAGUGUGCUACUCCGCCCAGUCCAGAAGUCACUCCAGGACAAUGUCAGGCUCUCUCUCAGCCUUGUAGAAACAAUGGGCAGAAUGUCAUCCCGCCCUUUCGACCUUGCGCGUCUGCACUCUGGGGAUCUGAAAUGGGGACCGACUGUCCAACUGUCUGCUUACCUAAUACACCCCAGUCGGCGGAGGUGCUCCUGUCUGCAGUCAGUGUUCUGCAAACCCUAUCAAUUUUCUACGAUCCCUCCUUCAAACCACAAGCCACCAAAUAUUCCCCCACGUUGAGUCGAGAUUCCCUCGUUCUAAACUUUGUCAACAAAAUGGCCAACCCCCGCGUUGAAGAGCUUCCCGAUGACGAGACCAAGAAGGUCACCGUCGAGGAGCACGAGGACGAGAGCUCCGACUCCGAGAUCGAGGGCGAGGAGGCUGAGGGCCUUCCCUCCGGCUCCACCGCUGUCAUCCACUCCCGCAACGAGAAGAAGGCUCGCAAGGCCCUCGAGAAGCUGCACCUGACGAGAGUGCAGGGCAUCACCCGCGUCACUCUCCGCCGCCCCAAGAACAUCCUCUUCGUCAUCAACAGCCCCGAGGUCUACAAGUCUCCUAACAGCAACACCUACAUCGUCUUCGGCGAGGCCAAGAUCGAGGACCUCAACGCCACUGCCCAGCAGGCUGCCGCCCAGCAGCUCGCCGCUGCCGGUGGUGAGCAUGACCACGCCGGCCACAGCCACGCUGAGCCCAGCAAGGCCGCCGACGCCGAGACCAAGAAGGACGAGGAGGAGGACGACGGCGAGGAGGUCGACGCCGAGGGCAUCGAGGACAAGGACAUCGAGCUGGUCAUGACCCAGGCCAACGUCAGCCGGAAGAAGGCCAUCAAGGCCCUGAAGGAGAACGACAACGACAUCGUCAACUCGAUUAUGGCACUGAGUAUUUAG